AUGGGAGAAACUAUAUUAAUAAGCGGUAACGCUAAUAUUCCUCUAGCGGAGAAAAUAGCGGAAGAACUUGGCAUUGGUUUAACAAAGGUAAUCUGUGGAAGAUUUGCGGAUGGAGAAAUCAACAUUGAAAUCUGCCAAAGCAUCCGUGGGAAAGAUAUUUACAUUAUUCAACCUACUUGCAGGCCGGUAAACGACAAUUUAAUGGAAGCUUUACUGCUGAUUUCAGCUUGUAGACGAUCAAGUGCCCGCCAGGUAACGCUAGUUGUGCCUUACUUCGGGUACGCCCGUCAAGACCGAAAAAUGAAAGCCAGAGCACCUAUUAGUGCAGCUGAUGUAGCCAGACUUUUCUGUGCCAUGAAACCUGAUCGAUUGAUUUCUGUAGAUUUGCAUUGUGGCCAGAUUCAAGGUUUCUUUCCGCCAAACAUUGUGCUGGAUAACUUACAAGCUUUUUCAGUACCAAUGCAGUUUUUUGUUGGUUUGAAUUUAGAAAAACCAAUAAUUAUUUCUCCUGAUGGUGGAGGUGUUUACCGCGCUCAACGCUUCAUGGAUUUGUUUAUUAAAUGCUCCAAAAAAGAAAACGUGGAGUUCGCUAUGCUUAAUAAACAAAGAAAAGCUGCUAACGAAGUCGACAACAUGAAACUCGUUGGAAGCGUCCAAGACGGAGACUGUAUUAUUAUAGACGAUAUGAUCGAUACUGCAGGAACAUUGUGCCUAGCCGCGAAACAUUUGAAAGAAAACGGUGCUCGCACAGUAUACGCUUUCGCAACUCACGGUUUGUUUAACAAUCCUGCCGUAGAAAGAAUCACAAACAGCGACUUGACAAAAGUUAUUGUGACUGAUUCUGUGCCACCUAUGGAAGAUGUUGUCAAGUGCGAUAAAAUUCAGUACGUUUCAAUCAGCGUUAUUCUAGCAAAUGCUAUUGAAUAUAUCCAAGAUAAAGCCACUUCAAGAGCUCAGAACCUUUGUGGCAUGAACUCAUAUGAAUACAAUCAAUCAUAUUAA